GCUCUACCAAUACAUCGGGAUGCUAGACGUGCAAGCCUCAGUCCUAAUCCUCUAUAUCAGACGUUGGUGGGAGAGAUUCCAUUUCGCCUGCUCGGAAGGAGGAGAGCGAUUAGGGAUUUUAACCAGCCCUAAUCCUCUUCUAAUCAGUGCUUAUUCGAACCUAAUUCCCAUCUAAUCAGCUCUUAUCUUAUAAGAACGCCUCCUUCUCUCUCUCUCUCUCUCUCUCUCUCACUGCAAUGGCGCGAACGGAAAAUGGGGACGAAAUUGCCCUCUGCAUCAACGACAUCCUAACGGACGACGAGCUUCGCGCCAUCCUCUCGAAGCUGGAGAGCGAGAAGGAAAAGGACGGUUUUGCCCUCGUCUGUAAGCGCUGGCUACACCUCCAGAGCACCGAGCGCAAGAAGCUCUGCGCGAGAGCAGGGCCUUUGAUGCUCCGCCGCCUGGCGUCCCGCUUCUCUCGCCUCCUCGAACUGGAUCUCUCCCAGUCGGCGUCCCGCUCCUUCUACCCCGGCGUCACUGACUCCGACCUCUCUGUCAUUGCUGCCGGAUUCCGCUGCCUCCGCACCCUCAAUCUCCAGAACUGCAAAGGCGUCACAGAUUCCGGAAUGAUGGCGCUUGGAAACAGUCUUCCUUCUCUGCAAGCCUUGGAUGUUUCCAACUGCCGAAAGCUAACUGACAAGGGGUUGGUUGCUGUUACCAAGGGAUGCUGCAACUUGAAGAGCUUGCAGCUUGUGGGCUGCAAAUCUGUCACAGAUGGGCUUCUAGAAGCUCUUUCUAAAAAUUGCUGUCAUCUGGAAGAGCUGGGACUGCAUGGAUGCGUCAACAUAACCAACUCCGGACUCUCAUCUCUUGUUGAUGGGUGCUGCCGUAUCAAGUUUCUAGAUGUCAACAAAUGCAGCAAGAUUGGAGAUAUUGGGGUGUCACGUGUCGCCUCAAGCUGCUCUUCCUCGCUGAGGACCCUAAAGUUGUUGGAUUGCUUCGAAGUUGGGGAUGAAUCCAUACUCUCCUUGGCGGAUUCGUGCAAGGAUCUUGAGACCCUAGUCAUUGGCGGGUGCCGGUACGUCUCUGAUGAAUCCAUAAAAGCCCUUGCCCUCGCCUGUAAUCACAGUCUGAGGAACUUACGGUUGGAUUGGUGUUCAAACAUCUCCGACUCUUCUGUGAGCUGCAUCCUGUCAAACUGCAGAAAUCUGGAGGUCCUUGACAUUGCUUGCUGUAAUGAGAUAACUGAUAUGGCUUUCCGGGGAUUGGAGAGAGGAGGUUCCGAGGCACACUUGAAAGUUUUGAAGGCUAGUAACUGCCCAAAAAUUACAGUUUCAGGGAUAGGUGUGCUGCUGGAAUUCUGCAAGUCCCUGGAACAUCUUGAUGUGACGUCAUGCCCACAUGUUACGAAGGCAGGAUGUGAACAGGCGGGUUUGCAGUUUCCUGAAUGCUGUAAAGUGAAUUUUACAGGCAGUUUACUGGGACGGUAUGCACUGGAUGAUGGUUUUCUUUAAAACCAUAUGCAAUUAGGAGCUUGCGGCAGUCAGUAGUUGCAUCCCCUCUUGAAACACAUUGUUUAAGUGCUGAAAACUGCUGGCUACUGCAACAGUGGGUGAGUACUAGUCCUGAAUUGUUUGAUGACAUGUGUCUUUCUGCUCCUGUUUCUUUACCUGUGUUACGUUGAUUUAUUGAUGGUACUGCAAUGCCACAGGGUUGGACACAUAGUCAGAGAAUACGUAGAACAUGCAGUUGUAUUUUCCUGUGUAUAUAUUGUGUGGAUUAGAAAAAAAGAAGAAGAAGGAACAGUCUGUCAUCAUGAAUUUGGAAUUCAAGGUCAUUUGUUGGAUGGUUUGAGUGCAUCAGAAAGGUUCUUUAUGAAUAGUAUGUCAGAAACAGUCUUUAUAAGUUAGAAAAAGGAUGAAUAAGGAAUACCGUAAAAGAAAAGUCACUUAAUGAGGAA